UUAGAAGGCGAUUGGACCAGAUCCGGCCCCCGGGCUUUAGUUUGCCUACCCAUGGUAAAGAGAGUAGGGGCAGAACUAGAAUUACUUUGUUCUGGCUCCAUCUCCACUUGGUCUCUCAGCUUUUUGCACUACCAGUUCCAUGGGCCAUGGAGAGGAAAAGGUGGUUAAACGAGUAUGAAGUUUUUAAAGGGGGGGGUUUAAAUUCCCCCCUCCAAAGUAACCACAGAGUAAUUGGAGUUGUGUACCCCUAUUUUAGGUGACUAUAAAUAAGCCUUCUAAGCAGUUAAGAGAUAAUAGCUAGGUAUCAAAGUUUAUAAACCCUGCCACUGACAGCAAUGUUUCAAGGUGCUUUGAAGCCAGUGGUAUGCUUGGGAGUUUGCAUGAGUUUUCAUCUCUGAACUUGUUCUCCCAGAUUUAGCAUGUAAAAAGUAAACAAACCCACCCACUGCUUGUAAUUAACUGCUGCCAGCCAUCCUGAAUUACAUUGGAGAACAAUUAAGAGAAGUGUUUGGUUUCUAAAAUAAUUCUGGGAAGUCCAUUGAAGUUUGGAAGGGUGGGGCAACCCACAGAUCUUACUAGGAGUAUCAUAACGAGCAAUCCUUAGCCACUUGCAGAAACGAUUUGGAGAAGCAACUCUUAUUUGUGGACCUACGGAUUUCUUCCCUAUCAAUCUGAAAUAAAGGAUCCCUUGAUUUGACUUGAAGAUGGAAAAUAUUAUGGGCUGCCAACCAGUCAACAAUGUACUUGUUUGCUUAGUAGAGCCAUGUUCCACCAGAAAACUGAUAUCAGGCUCUAAAUGGACCAUAUAAUCUGGGUUUUCCCAAAUUUCUGCAAAUCAAGAUCCACCCACAAUAAUGCCAAUAAUGAUCCAGUGGAUUUCAUGCUGGCUGCACCCGUGACAUUGACCUGCUAGAUUAUAUUAGGGCUGCAUCCCUGAUCACCCCAGAUUCUCCCUUGCUCUAGGCCCACCCAAGGGGUUCUUGAAUUUGGAAUUUGGAAAUUGACAAAUGUAACUAUAUCUUGUGACAUAACAUGAAUCUAGGGUUUAUUUCUCAGGGUGGGCUGUGUAAUGGCUUGUCGUCACCUCUGAAUACAUUGUACUGUACUGUGGGUUUUUUAAAAGCUCUAACAUAGCCCCAACACCGAGCCUAUAGAGCCCAAUCCAUGUCUUGUUUUGAAAAGUACCUCCCAUAAUCCUUCCAUUUUCCAGUCCUGUAAGUGUGUGCAGAUGGUGUAGGGUGGAGUGAAAAUUUCUCAAGCAUUUUCAGAAAACGAAGCAAGCCAAAUAGACUUAAUUGGAGAUAGCUUCAGCUUCCCAGAUCUAUCAGAGGGUCAUCACUGGGAUUCUAUUGGUUCACCAACAGGGUUCUUUGGUGGCGGUUGUUUUUCGUUACACCCCCACUCCAUUCUCCACAGACUGAGCUUAUAAAAAGCACAGGGAAUGACAUAAAACAGGUUCAUGUGAAAUACAGAUACCAGAUAACAUCUCCUUUUGACAGGUGAGGCCAAUAAGACCACCUUCCUCCUUUGUUUAGCAAAGACAGAGCAAGCAAAACAAAUCUAAUCUGGAUGUUCAGCAGUCACUGAAGAAGUGAAAGACAAUGAGUAAUAGAAAAGGAGUGAUAUAAAUAUGAGUUUCUUUUUACAAGCUAUACUUGCAAAUCUGAAUUUCCACAGGCAGGUGGUCUUGAGCGUGAGGUUUCUAAAAUAAGCCAGGAUCUGACUGCUUACCCUAGCCUGUACGGUCACUUCUACGCAAGAUGCAUGUUCCUUCACAGCAUCUGCCAUGACCCAAGCAAGUGUACAUCAAAAUUAAGGUAUCUUUUAGUAAUGGUUAGCAGCUGCACCGUGACCAGAAAUGGGCAUGGAAGAUGCAUGCUUCUAACAAUCCUGUAAAUGUUACCCUGUCUCAGGAUGUUCGGUUCUGAUAACAAACCUUUAGGAGAAGGAGACCUGCGGAAAUUACUUAAACUUUAUCGCACAGAGAUCUCCAUGGCAGUCGACGAUGUCUUCCCAUUGCUCCACGGACUGGCAGAUCAUGACAUUGUCACGGAAAAGAUGUUCAAGGACACUCUCCAUCUGAAGGAGAAGGAUGGCUGCCACAAAGCCUUCCAUGCCAUGUUAACAUGGCUGUUGAGCCAGGACUCCUCUUCCAUCCGGGACUUCUGGAGGGUUCUCUUCAAGGAUUAUAACCUGGAGAGAUAUUCCAAGCUCCAGUGCAUUCGAAGCAGCUUUCCUAAAGACCUAGAUCUCAGUAGGUAUUGCAGCAGGGCAAGGAAGCUCGCAAGCAGUCCUAAGGUAUUGACUCAGCACAAAUCCCAAGGGAAGAGGAAAGCGACAGAUGAAAAAGAUGCUUUGCACCCACCUCAACUUUCCGGAAAAGGCGACCCACACCUUGGAUCCCUUCCAAAGGCAAAAUCUGUGAAGAAGUCAGAGAGUGUUGAGACCCAGCAUUAUCCCCUUUCGCAUGGCGGUGACACUAAGAAAUGCAUCAAAAUUGGUGGUGAGUUUUAUGCAACAGACAAACUGGAAGAGCUUGGAGAGAGGAACAAAGCUCAGGAUCUGAAGCCCAACGGGAAAGCUAAAGAAUCCCAAAAUGGAGAUCAAAAAGCAAACUUGCAGAAUAGGUGCCCUGCCAUCCCUUUCCACACUGUGGAUCCAGCCCCCCAGCAGAAGAACGAUGACGAAUGUGCCGUCUGCAGGGAUGGUGGGGAGCUGAUCUGCUGUGAUGGAUGCCCCAAGGCCUUUCAUCUCACCUGCCUGGUGCCACCACUGACAGAGAUUCCCAGCGGGACAUGGAGGUGCGAUUCCUGCUCCUCCGGGCAGUCGAAGCAGUACAGGUGCAAUGGAGAAGAGAGCAGCAGGAAUGCACUUUCUCAAACACAGGGAGCUGUAUAUGUCCAGAGAACAACAGAAGAUGGGAGGAGGGUACUCAUCAAGGAACCUGUGUGUGCCUCCCUCAGGCAGCCUUUGCCCUCUGUGACCCCAGUGUGUGGGGUGGCACCGCCAACAGCUCAGAAUGUGGGAACAGAGAAACAGCUGAAGCUGACCAUUGGGGAGAAGUGUGGAGUAUGCAGGAAAGAAGGAGAUCUGAUCUACUGCAAUAAGUGUUUCCGGGCUUUCCACUGGCCCUGCCAUUUUCCUGCCCAUGCAGAUCAAAUCAGUGGAAUCUUAAUGUGCAAAUCCUGCACUAGCAACCAUCCCAUGACCAUCAGCUUGGAUGGAACUACAAACUCAAAUACCCCAACACUACGAGCGGUAAAGGUGGUGGAAGAAUCUGCUGGGACUGAACCCCUUCUGAACAAGGAAGAUCUGGACUCUCUCUUAGGGGAGGUAAUGGAAAACAAAUCUUCUUGUGCUAUAAUUUGUCCAGUGCUGAACAGGUCUGUGGAUUCUGGAAUUGUCCAUCGCAAUGCUUGAGAUAAUUUGGAAGAUUUUAGGUCCCCCUUGAUAUUAAUUUGUUCUUAAUUUCAAUACUUUGCACUUUCAAGUUGCAAGUAGUUGUAACUUGAGAGCACUUUCAUCACAUCCAGUAACACAGCAGAAACUCCUCUGGGCUGCUAGAAAGGAUGGCAGAUCAGUCAUGCCUGGUGGACCUGUGCAGUCUGUGUACUUCAAAACAGGAGAGCAGCUCUAUAUUUAUCUACUGUCUGCAUUUGCUCCGUUGAAUUGCUACUCUUAUUUCAGUACUGUUGACCUGGUGAACAAAUAGAAAUGCCUCUUUUCUCUCUAAUCCUACAGAAUACCUUUGAUGGGAUCUUGCACUGGGCAUUCCAGAGCGUGCCUCGUCCACUCUCAGACACUCAAGGAUUUUUCUCAUAGAACUCUGGAUUUGGCACCGUUUUGCUAUUGUGUCAAACAUGUUCCUAUUGUCUCUUGCUGAAACACUGGCACCCAAAACUACUUGCUUUCAUGUAGUCUAUAUUACCGCAAUGAUAGUUCUGUUAAAUUGAUACUUCUCUGCUCAUUUCCAAUUGAGAGAAUUGAUAUUUUCAGUCUGUACCUGAGUAGAUUAUUGUAAUCACCCUUCAAAUAAUUGAGUGAUGGGGUAGUAAUUGAAUUGUAGGAUAGUCUUUUUUCCACAUAUUUUUUUGGUGAGGGUUUCAAAAGCAAAGUCCCUCUGAACAUUCUUCCUGGACAAGUUCCAUGCUUCCUUUGUCAAUGAGAUUACUUUAUGCCAUUCCUAUAGUGUGCUACAGCCUAGAUUUAACCAGAAGCUUUUCCCUAGACACUUUUGAGGUUCUACAGGAGCCAUUGCUAUGGUUCCAGUUCUCAGGCAGCAUGAAGAGGAAACUAUGUAAAAACCAUGUAACAAGCAGACAAAGCACAGCAGAAUUUCCCAGAUGCUCUGGAAUGUGGGGACUCCAAGUUGCCUAACGGGACAUUAUAGAACCAAAAGUAUUCAAGAGGGCAGGGACUCAAACUGCCAUCAGCACCAGCCAGCAUGGCCAAUUGUAAGGGAUGAUGGGGAUUGCUGUCCUACAAUAUCCAGAAACCCACAGGUUACCAGCCAUGUCUGGUAUAUAAGAAAUCUCCUUCAGGCUUAAAAGUUUAUAACAACUGAUGAGUUUAUUAAUAUGAGUUAAUAUGUGUUGCUUAUGAUUAUGUGAUAUUGUAGGUGUUUGUGGACUACUCUUGAGUGAGUCUGCUUGUACCUUAUAGCUUGUCUCUCACAGCUACUAAUGGCAGAGCACCUUGCAGCAAUUCAUGUCAUAUGCUGAGUUAAAACAUUAAAGGUGUCGUGGCUGCUCCUAAAUGAUAAAAUUGUUCUCCUGGAAGCUUUCCCAAAGUCAACUUGAAACAGUAAGAACCAUUUGGGCUGCAUUUGGAGGGUAAGGCGAAACUAGCAAAUAUUUUAUUGCUUUCUAGUGCAUGAAUAUCAUGGAAGAAGAUUGGAAGAAAUUUAAAGAUUAUUUACAGAAAUAUUGUAAAAUUAAUGAAUGUUAGAAUGAUGUUGGAUAAAAAGUUAAGUGGUUGCUAGCUAUAACGCUAUAAGGAAUAUGAAAAAAUGGAUCAUUAACAGGUUAAAAUUUAAGGUUUUAAUGUUGUAAGAUUGAAGACUAGGAUAAACAAAGAGGGAAAGGAUUUGCUGAACUAAUAAUUUGGAUUGGAAUACAAAAAAGGGAGGUGCGAGGAGGUUCGGG